GCUUCAGUUUCGGUCCAGAGCUGCUCGACGAAUGUGCUCCAACGUUCACGCGUUUUUAAACGGCCAUUCGGUUAUUGUAUAAACUGGUACACGUACACACACGGAGUUUGUCGAAUACAGUGUGAUUCGGUGUGUGAGUUUGUCCGAUCGCGACGCGAACGACCGCGGCGGAGGAUUUCGUCGGCUGCUUCCUGUUCAGCCUUUUGUUUUUCACUGCCUGCUUUGGCGAAGACGCGCAACAGCGCCCCCUGUGAGCCAGCAGGGAACCAGGCCCAGGAUAGGGAGCCAGGCGAGUGGCCGAGCCUCGUGUCUCCCGUGCGACGUGGGUCCGCCCAGCUCAGCUGUCCGAUGCGGAGUGAGGAUGAGUCCCGCUCUGGAGGCGCUCAUGCAGGGGGACGGGACUCCGUAUCCCGGAAAAGGAGUGAUGCUUGAACCCUUCGUGCACCAGGUGGGAGGACACUCUUGUGUGCUGCGCUUCGGGGAGCAGACCAUUUGCAAGCCACUCAUUCCCCGCGAGCACCAGUUCUACAAAAGCCUCCCACCUGAAAUGCGGAAGUUCACCCCUCAAUAUAAAGGUGUCGUGUCCGUCAGUUUCGAAGAGGACGAAGAAGGGAACCUGUGCCUCAUUGCAUACCCACUUCACAGCGAGUCGGGCGACGUGGAAAACAAGGACCCUUCCUCCGACUGCGAGCCCAAGAGCAAGAUGGUGAAGUGGAGCCAUAAGAAGCAUUCUGCUCUGCUGAUGGAGAACGACAACUACAGCAAAGAACGGAGUCGUCAGAGUCGGAAAGAGGACAAGAUGAAGAGCUAUCGUGAUGAGAUGCAGUCUCAGCAGCAAGCGGAGGUUCUUUACUUUAGCCUGGAGAAGAGCAACAUGGUGCCACAGAUCAAACACAACCCCUGGAGUCUCAAAUGUCACCAGCAGCACCUGCAGAGGAUGAAAGAGAACUCCAAGCACCGCAAUCAAUACAAAUUCAUCCUUUUGGAGAACUUGACGUGGCGCUACACGAUGCCAUGUGUCCUGGACUUGAAGAUGGGCACUCGCCAGCAUGGAGAUGACGCAACAGAAGAGAAGAAGGCCAACCAAAUUCGCAAGUGUCAGCAGAGCACAUCCGCCUCCAUUGGAGUGAGGCUUUGUGGAAUGCAGGUGUACCAGUCCGACUCGGGCCAGCUGAUGUUCAUGAACAAGUAUCACGGACGCAAGUUGACGCUUGCUGGCUUUAAGGAGGCCCUUUACCAGUUUUUUCAUGACGGUCGGCGCCUUCGCCAAGAACUGCUGUCCCCCGUGCUACGCCGACUCCGGGAAAUGCAAGCUGCUCUGGAGGCCUGCGAGUCCUAUCGCUUCUACUCCAGCUCCCUCCUCAUCAUCUACGACGGAGAUCCUCCCAGAACCCCCACCAGGCCCCGGCAUCGAGGAGGAGAAGAGGGGGAGGAGGACGAGCCGUCGGACGAGGAAGAGGAAGAAGGGGCCUACGGCUUCCCUCGCUCCUCGCCGUCCGGUUGCAGUAACGGCAUGGCCGGCGGCGGCGGCAGCAACGGUGGACGUUCGUCCCACGUCUCCGGGGAGGCCAGCGGUCCAGCUGUGGACGUACGGAUGAUCGACUUUGCACACACCACCUGUCGACAUUACGGAGAAGACAGCGUGGUUCACGAAGGCCAGGACAGCGGCUUCAUCUUCGGCCUUCAGAAUCUGAUAAGCAUCAUUUCGGAGCUGGAGGAUCACAGUACUGAUUGACAUUGGACAUGAGCCGUCACGGUCUGAAUUACAAGCCUUGAGCUGAAGCUCCAUCAAAGGUGCAUCGUCCUACAGGGUCUCGCCCUCCUCUGCUCGGAGGGUGCCUCCGGCUCCUCCCGAGUCAGUGAGGGGUCCGCCAGGUCGGGCCCAGAGGACAGAGCCGACUGUGCCCACACUUGCACUUGUUUUCAAACUGCUCCUGAACUCGCCAUUCAAGGUCGUCGUGAGAGAAGAGAAGUGGGUUGUUGACAAACAUAGGGACUCUGGUAGCAUGGUCUUGGCCCCACUCCCUCUCCAAAGGUCCCCCUGUGUAUGACCACUGAAGUUCUCUCUAAGAGAGAAAGGUUGUGACAAGCGAAGCUCAAGUGUAGUGCUGGGAGCAUGAUGUGGUGCUUUACCUUUCGUGGGAAAAACUCUUUUUUUGUGGUUGGGCUGGUUGGUGAACGGCACAAUUUCAGCAGGGGCUUUAGAAGCUGACCUUGGACGAGUGGUUCUGCAGCCUUGUAGCAACUUGUGCGCUUUGUGAAACAUUUGGUGUUGAGUAACACAGUGUGUCCAUUAUGCCACCUGGGUCUGGAGUUUGCGAGUGGAGAACAAGUUAUUUGGGUUCAGAAUAAGGGAUCUGCCUUUUUCUCCGACCGUUGUUCUCCCCUGUACAAACCUUGCUUUGGGAUUACAAACUUGUUUUCUUACCGUUUCCUCUUAUUUUCCAUGUCAUUCCUGAUUUGUUGGACAAGAGAAGAUGUAUUGAUUUAAACACUAGUUAAAGCUUCUAUAAAGACUUAUUUAUUUGAAAGGGGUUUGGAAAUUGAAACAUUCCGAGUAACCACUUUAAAUGUUUGUUCCAAUACUGAGUUUGAUUUAUUUUUGUUAUUGCAACAACUUUUGUGUACAUGUGUGUUAAGUGUCUUGGAAAAUAAAGGCAUUCAUUUGUGGUAAAAAAAAUUACAAAUCUU